UCCUCAGCGGGCAGUCUCUGGCUCCUUCAGCGCCUUCCUCCACCUCCUCGUCCUCCUCCACUUGGGGGGGUCUCAGCAGCAGGAUGAGCCGGCAGGUAGUGCGCUCCAGCAAGUUCCGGCAUGUGUUUGGACAGCCGGCCAAGGCUGACCAGUGCUAUGAGGAUGUACGCGUCUCACAGACCACCUGGGACAGUGGCUUCUGUGCUGUCAACCCCAAGUUUGUGGCCCUGAUCUGUGAGGCCAGCGGGGGAGGGGCCUUCCUGGUGCUGCCCCUGAGCAAGACUGGACGUGUGGACAAGAACGUGCCCAUGGUCUGUGGCCACACAGCCCCCGUGCUGGACAUUGCCUGGUGCCCGCACAAUGAUAAUGUCAUUGCCAGUGGCUCUGAGGACUGCACAGUCAUGGUGUGGGAGAUCCCCGACGGGGGCCUGACACUGCCCCUGCGGGAGCCUGUCGUCACCCUGGAGGGCCACACCAAGCGCGUGGGCAUCGUGGCCUGGCACCCCACAGCCCAGAAUGUGCUGCUCAGUGCAGGUUGUGACAACGUGAUCCUGGUGUGGGACGUGGGCACUGGGGCGGCUGUGCUGACGCUGGGCACGGAUGUACACCCGGACACAAUCUACAGCGUGGACUGGAGCCGGGACGGCGGCCUCAUCUGCACCUCCUGCCGUGACAAGCGCGUGCGCGUCAUUGAGCCCCGUAAAGGCACUGUUGUAGCUGAGAAGGACCGUCCUCACGAGGGGACCCGGCCGGUGCGGGCUGUGUUUGUGGCUGACGGAAAGAUCCUGACCACAGGCUUCAGCCGCAUGAGCGAGCGCCAGGUGGCACUGUGGGACAUGAAGCACCUGGAGGAGCCACUGUCCCUGCAGGAGCUGGACACAAGCAGUGGUGUCUUGCUGCCCUUCUUUGACCCUGACACCAACAUUGUCUACCUCUGUGGCAAGGGUGACAGCUCUAUCCGGUACUUCGAGAUCACUUCUGAGGCCCCGUUCCUGCACUAUCUCUCCAUGUUCAGUUCCAAGGAGUCCCAGCGUGGCAUGGGCUACAUGCCCAAACGUGGCCUGGAGGUGAACAAGUGUGAGAUUGCCAGAUUCUAUAAGCUGCACGAGCGGAGGUGUGAGCCCAUUGCCAUGACAGUGCCUAGAAAGUCGGACCUGUUCCAGGAGGACCUGUACCCGCCUACUGCAGGGCCUGAUGCUGCCCUCACGGCUGAGGAGUGGCUGGGAGGUCGGGAUGCUGGGCCCCUCCUCAUUUCCCUCAAGGAUGGCUAUGUGCCGCCAAAGAGCCGAGAGCUGAGGGUCAACCGGGGCCUGGACACUGGGCGCAGGAGGACGGCACCAGAGACCAGUGGCACUCCCAGCUCGGAUGUCGUAUCCCGGCUGGAGGAGGAGAUGAGGAAGCUCCAGGCCACAGUGCAGGAGCUACAGAAGCGCUUGGAUAGGCUGGAGGAGACAGUCCAAGCCAAGUAGAAGACUCCAGGGCCUUCAGCUGGGGCGCAUGGCAUCACCUCCCUCCCCUUCCAUUCAUACUUCCACUCCUCAGGCCACAAUGGCGGAUAAAAUAAAAACAGCUUUAUU